CUCAAAGCCCUGGAACAGAACACCUGGGUGCACCUCGCAUGUCACGGCAAGCAGGACCACGACCAGCCGUACAAUCCCCAUUUCGUCAUGAAGGACGCACCUCUCACGCUGCUCGACAUCAUGGAGAAAGACAUUCCGCAUGGUGAAUUCGCGUUCUUAUCAGCGUGUCAUACUGCCGUCGGCGAUAAGGAGACGCCCGACGAAGUCAUCCAUCUCACAGCUGGACUUCAGUUUUCAGGGUUCAAGAGCGUCAUUGGCACGCUGUGGGAGGUU